AAACUGAAAUGUACAGGCUUUAAUCUGAUUAACAGUUUGGGUGAAUUCCAUUUGAAUUCAGUCAAUGCAAGAGCUUAACAAUACAGAUAGUUAAAUUCUUGAACUGGACUCCACAUGUUGGUAAACAGCAGAGGGGAAGCGAGAGGCCCAACUCGUCGGAAAAUCGGUCUCCCUCCUGUCGCCAACCAAGGAAGUUGUUUUUGCAUGGAGGUCAAUGAGUGUCGAAUUUGGUCAACACAAAAUAAAUGGCUUAUUUGCUACGUGAGGUUUAUUUGAUCGAAUAAAAGUUUUGUAAUGUUUAAGUUGUUACGAGUGUGCUGAUAUAAGCAACUUUGAGGAAAAAAACGUUUUUCGCAGAUGGCGAGGCAUAUUGAUGUCAUGAGGAUAGUAGCAUAGUGUCUUCUCUCGCCCUUGAAUUACAGGCGGUUGACGCCAACAACCCUCAUCGAAUAUAUAUAUUUUUAAAGUAUUACAAUGAGAUGUAUCCACCAAUUUUAAGAAAUGAUAUGCGGGAACUAGACAGCCCACCGCGCAGCUGUGUGGACAACGUUUCCCAUUGUUAGGGCGGAGAGACGUGUAUCUUGUCAGUAUAUCCAUACUCUAAGUUAUUGGCAUGGCUGUUUUGACCUUUUGCUUCUGGGGCAGUACUAUUAAAGUCGUGGUCGCAGAGGGGACGUAAAAUAUAUAUUUUUUUGGAUGAUUUAAUGGGACAAUAUACAAACGUUUUUGAGAAAGAUAAUUUGAAAAAUAAAAUGUUAUUGAGUAAAUGUAUUUAUUGGUUUCUUUGAUGAACAUGUAAUUAAUUGAAGGUUAUUUGUUGAUGUGUCAUUAGAUUUGGGGUGGAAAAAAUGCUGUCCCCAGAAACUCUGACUGGGAAAAAAAAUGGGGUCCCCACUGAACAAGUUUGAAUACCAUAGCUCUGGGGACAUGUAUCUGCAGCCAAAAAGGGUUGAUGGAAGUAAGGCCCAUAGGUUAAGUCAUUGGUCAGGAAGAACUAGAGUAAGCGAACUAACCAUAUGAGACCCUGCACCAAUGACUGCAUUACCUACACAGAGGGGUAGUUAUACCACAAAGCAGGAUAAAUGAAAGGAGCCCAGCAAGUGAGAAUGUUGAACAAAAUCCCAUUUCAAUUUAUUCUGCUGGUUCAUCUGGGUGUUGGAAAUAUAAUCUUGUUCAGGAGUCUGACUUCCAGAGCUUGCUAUCUGAGGAUGAGGUAGACCUAUACAGCCAAGCCAUAUAAAAGCCAGAGCAUAUUGUACAUGUAUAUAUUCUUACCUCUCUCUUCCCUCUCCUGUUUGAAUGGAGGCAUACAACCCAACCGAGCUAUGUCGUCGCGUGUGCUGCUUCGGCAGCAGCUGAUGCGGGAACAAGCCCAGGAACAAGAGAGACGGGAGGCCCAGCAGCAGAACUCUGUGGCUCAGCUCAGGGCAACUGACUCCACCCCUGCCAUCUAUGUCACUCUGCCCCCAAUGGCUGCUCGCAAGCCACCCGCACAGGUGCCCGUGGAGGUGUUGAAGGUGCAGAGCCAUCUGGAGAACCCCACCAAGUAUCACAUCCAGCAGUCUCAGAGGCAGCAGGUGAAGGAGUAUCUCUCCACCACCCUCGGCAAUAAGGUGGCACCUCAAAUCCUCGGUGUAUCUCCCUUGCCACUGUCUAGCUCUGCCCCUGAGAUGACUCCCACGGCCCUCAGUGCUCCAAACAGCCCAAUGGCUUUACUCAAUCUGGGAUCCAAGAAAGAGGAGAUAGAUGGCGUAAUUGACGACAUCAUCAGCCUUGAAUCAAGUUUCAAUGAUGACUUCAUGACGUUAAUUGACUUGGGUCUACAGCUGCCUAGUACACUCCCUGGGAACCUCCUGGAUGUAUACCAUAGUCCUGGAAUGGCAGCACCUACCCUCACCGUCAGCAACUCCUGCCCUGCGGAUCUGACCAAUAUUAAAAGGGAAUACUCUGAUACCAAAGCGCUGGUGAAAGAGAGACAGAAGAAGGACAACCAUAACCUCAUUGAGAGGAGGCGGAGGUUUAACAUCAAUGACCGCAUAACGGAGCUUGGGGCCAUAAUACCCAAGUCAAGUGACCCGGAGAUGCGCUGGAAUAAGGGCACCAUUCUGAAGGCCUCGGUGGACUACAUCAGGAAGCUGCAGAAGGAGCAGCAGAGAGCCAAGGAGGUAGAGAUGCGUCAGAAGAAGCUGGAACAUGCUAACCACAGCUUGAUGCUGCGCAUCCAGGAGUUGGAGAUACAGGCUCAGCUCCAUGGCCUCUCCAGUCCGAUGUCCCAUGGCCUGAGUUCAGACCCCUCCCUCCUUCAGCAGCAGCACCUUCAGCAGGGAGACCAUAAACUGGGGCCCAGCGCUGGAGAGGCCUGCUCCCAAACCUUUCUCAGCCUGGGGGCAGCAGCCAUGGCACAGCCUGUCCUUACCUCCUCCCCACCUUCCUCUGACUCCCCUGUGGUUGUGACCAUAAGCAACCCCCUGGACCUGGGCAGUGUGAGCUUCACCGAGCUGGAUGACCCCUCCAAUGCUGGGCUGUACCUAGACGUGGGGCUGGGGGACAUCAUCAUGGACGAGGGGUACACACUGUCCCCAGAGAGGGUGGACCCACUGUUUUUCGUGUCACCAGGUGCCUCAAAGACCAGCAGUCGUGGGAGCAGCUUCAGUAUGGAGGAGGACUUGUAGCAGGGACAUACUGGGGUCAAACUGGUAGAGCGAGACCAGGGAGUUGGGUAAUGAGAGGGUUGGGGAAAGGAGGAGGAGCACUGGAAAAUAAGAGCUAGAACACUGCAUAUGGCACUGGACUCUGCUUUAAAACAAACAGCCAACGGUUUCACAAAAAAUGACUUUGAUCUGAAUCAUGCAUUAGUCCAAAGUAAAUGGCUAUCCUUUCCUCCCUUACCAAGUUAAUAUUGGUCCCUGAAUUUAGAACCCCCCCCCCCUUUUUUUCCCAGCACACCAUCAAUGAUAAAUGCAAUCAUUUUCAAAUGGAACAUAGUAAAAUUAGGAUAUGGACAUUUGAUUUUUUAAAAUCUUUUUCUUGCAAGCCUCAACUCAACCAAGAUUUCCCUGCACAGACAUUAAAGAGGAAAUAGAGUGGUGAUUUAGUUAAGUACAGUAUAUUAUUGCUUCAUUGUAGAGUAUAUACUUUGUGCACUUUAACUUUUGUGGGAAGGUUCUUGUCUAUUUAGUGAAAUUGGCAUGAACUACAUAACGGGUGCUUUAUUGAAUUUAGGUAUUUUUUUUAACGGAGUUGAAAAUCAGGAUUUCUAUAGCUUAAAGUACACAAGUGAAUGCAUUUUACAGAUCUCAUGUUUGUCUAACAAAAAUGUACCAAAGGGAUAUUUUAUUAAAUAUAUAAGGCACAUAGUUUGUGAUGUAAAAAAAUGAUUUGAUAACCUCUAAAAACCAAAAAUAUAUAUUUACUGUAUCUUACAUUUCUAAAAUAUUUGUGAACUUUCAAAACAUGUUUGUUGCACCUUUUCCUGUUGUCUAUGCAUUUUUUAAAAGCUUUUGUCUGUUGAAUGGCUAUACAGCCGGUAUGUAACUGAACUUACAAUGAACAAAAUAAAUAUACAAGAAAAGCAAAAGCUGCUGCAGCUAGUCAGACAACGCAGGCCACCUUUCACAGAAUGAUCAUAGAUUUAAGUCUUUAUACGGGUGCAUUAUAUAUAUUUUUUUCAUAGUCAAUGGAAGUAUAGCUUUAACAUUUGGCACUAAUCUCUGAAACACUGCGUGCUGUGUGUGUUGCAGAAACGUACUGGGCUAUGCAGUAUAUUUCUUAGAUGAUCAUAUGGUAAUUUGUGAUGAUAAUACUAAUAUGAUUAUGUUGACUAAGAUUUCUAUAGCGAUUUUUCCAAGGCCUUGUCACAUAGACUUGACUUCUAGCUCUAGACAUACAGUUACCUUUUUCUGAGUCAUCUAAUCUGAAAAUGUGUAACAUUCCACAUGUUUUUCCAAGAGACUGAAAUCCGUGCAUGGUUAGUGUGUAUUACUCCUCUAGCCCUCAGUCUCAGUCUUUCUUUCAUUUGUAUUGACAAGCUUUUCAAAGAAAAGUAUGUUCAUUAGCAGUAUAUGUUAGGGGUCUGUUUACACGUCUGGAACUCUGUUUUUCUAUGUAUUGUCAAUUGAUGCUUCCCAGAUGCUGUUGAAACAUUUGUGCCUUUCCUCCAUGUCAAGGAAGAUGGAUGCAGAGUCUACUCUCCUAACAGGCUUUUAUUAAAAAAAAAACAUAAAAAGAGAUGUUUGACACGUGAACUCAAAAAACAAUGCAAUAUGUCUGAUUAUUUGAAUGUUUUUUUAAAAAAUGCAGUUUAGUGUUACUUGAACUGCGGCUGUGGUUUGAUAUGAGAUCCUCUAUUUUGAAUCAUUUCGAAAAAUAUAUAUUGCUGUUCUGAUUUUCACUUAUGGUUCUGCGUUUACUGGAACAGAAACCUUUAACAGCUUUAAAGGGAAUAUAUUGUUGGCCACUUUGAAUUAUAUUUGAAAGUGUAUUGAAUUACUUGCUUUUUCUAUACUCAGCAAUAUUAAGCAAUCUUUCACUCUACUGUUUUCUGGUAUAACCAAAAUAAAAAUUUAGAAAACCUUCAAAUUUAAA